CGAGUUCAACAUCUUUUUAAUCGAGUGAACAUAGCUCGUCCACGCUGCUGACGUAUGAAGCCGGUGAUACAAACAUGGUUAACCUAAGUUAAUUUGAGCGAAUGUGCAAGUAGUUGAACGCAAUUUGCGUAAUUCUCGCUGCGAGAAAAAAACAGAGAUAGGUGUUUAUGAUUACUCCCACAAUUUUUAUUAACAAUGGCUGUUAGCAGUGGAGUGUCACUCGUGCUGUCGUCAAUAUUGGUUGUGUUACUGUUUUCUGGCAUGCAGAUGUACAAAAUCUGGCUCAGCUCAUCACAAUUGGGAACGAUUCUGGGAGGACUGUUCGGAUCUUUGUUGUUCAUGUGUACACUGACCGCGGUGGGAAAUCUUGAAAGUAUCUUAUUCGGAAAGUCUUUCCAACAGAAAUUACUCCCAGAAGUUCUGUCCUCAUUGACUUUAAGUCUAAUUGCUUCUGCUCUAAUCCAUCGGGUAUCUACUACAACAUGUUUAAUAUUUUCUUUGAUUGCAUUGUAUUAUAUGAAUAGAAUUUCUCAAGAAACUUAUGGUGUAUCUAUACAAGCCACAGUAAUGCAAUCCAAGAAACGUAAGUGAAUAGACAUAAGGAUGUCUUUAUGUUACUAUCAAUAUAUAUCAAUCAUACGUUCCAUAUGAAGCUUCCAAUUUGUAAUACAAUAUUAAUUGUAAAUUGUUUGAUAUAGACUUUGUCUAAGGUAUAAGUGGUUUGAGAUUUAUACUAAAAACUAAACUUUAAUUAGGAAUCAUGUUACUGUCAACUUGCAUUUAUAUAAAUAUACAAUUUGAAAGAAUUUAUACUAGUUUGUAAUGAUGUUAAGAAAAGGGUUUGACCAAUAAAGCAGAUGUGGCUAAAAGCUUGG